UUUUCUACUCUUUCUGGGAAAGAAAUCACCACGUUGUUCGAGCUCCAGUUUUUUUAAUCAGCCCUACCAUUUUGGGCAUUACAAUGCUGCUUGCCACGUUUUUGAUACAGUACGAGAGGAUCAAAGGAGCCCAGUCCUCGGGGGUUAUGCUCCUUUUCUGGCUGAUUGCAUUCCUGUGUGCAGUCAUCGUAUUCAGAUCCAAAACUAUGCACGCCUUGUGCCCGGAUGCGGAAAUAGACGUCUUUCGCUAUACCACUUUCUACAUCUACUUCGCUUUGGUGCUAAUCCAGUUUAUUCUGUCCUGUUUCCCGGAACGCCCACCUUUAUUCUCCGAAAACAUUCGUGGCCCGGUAAGCGUUAUCGCGGCAAUUGGCUGGAUGAGUCACACUUGGGUAUUUAAGUAAUGUGUUUGCUUAACAAAACUCUUUUUAAUCUUCUGCUCAAUUACAUGUAAACAACUUUUAACUGUUUGCAACCGCUUGUCCAACUCCGGUUGCCUGAAUUUCCUGCACGUCAAUUGUUGGCUACGGUUUCGGUCUGUUGUUUGUUUUUCAAAAGGUUGUCCCGUCCCUUUGCGUUUGUGCAAAUAGUCAAAGUUUUGUAUUGCCAGGAAUGAGGUUCCCAAAUCAGAGAGAGGAUUUUGGGGAAGAGUCGGGAGAUUUAAAGUUGUUUGGUGCAAAUGUGAUCUCUUCCUCCCAUUAGCAAUAGCAAUAGCCGUUAGA